AUGGUGAUAGAUACACCUGAACCAUUAUGGAUUAUAUUUACUGAUGGGUCAUCAAAUGUUGGUGGAGCUGGAGUUGGAUGUGUCAUCCUUACUCCCGAAGGCUCGAGGAUCGAGAAAGCGACUAGAUUGGGUUUUCAAGCAUCAAACAAUGAAGCUGAAUAUGAAGCAGCAAUUAUCGUGGAUUUCCAAGAGUUACCUAGCAUCUCCGACAUCCACUUUGUUCUGGCUCUCGAACACGCUAGUGGGGGCGAGGGGGCUACUACAUCAUCACAGGGAGAUACUGAAAACAGUGACAGCAAUAUGGAUGUUGAAAAUCUAGUGAUAAAUGAUUCAGGAAAUCUUGCUGAAAACGCUUCAGACUGGCGUCAACCUUAUAUUAGGUAUUUGAAAACCAGUGAACUCCCAAAAGAUGAGUAUCUCGCUUCAAAAGUGAAGAAGAAUGCUUGGAGAUAUUCAAUGAUCGAAGGACAGCUGUACCGCAAACCUGUAGCUUUGGAGCUAUUUUUGCGAUGCAUAUCGGCAGAAGAAGGGCAACAAAUAUUGGCGGAGGCUCAUGAAGGAAUAUGUGGCACCAUUCUGGAGGGCGCAGUCUCGCGCACAAGAUACUUGCCCAGGGAUACUUCUAGACAUACAUGCAGACAGAUGCUAAAGAAUACGCACAGAAAUGCGUGUCGUGCCAAGAGCACGCCCCGAUUUCUAGAAGCUCCUGGAGGCGUUAAAUUCAUACUAGCCGCUAUUGAUUAUUUCACCAAAUGGGUCGAAGCAGUAGCACUGGUAUAUUUUACCAGAAAUGAUGUGAAAAAGUUCAUAUGGGAGAAUAUCGUCUGCAGAUUUGGAAUCCCAGACGCGAUAGUAUCAGACAAAGGGAAGCAUUUUGAUUCUAUGGUGAUCAAAGAAUUCUGCGAGAACCUGAAUAUUCACCACAAUUUCUCAUCUCCUUAUUAUUCUCAGAGCAACGGGAAGGCGGAAGCAAUCAACCGCGUUAUUAUGGAUAAUCUCAAGAAAAGGCUGGAGAAAGCGAAGGGAAAAUGGACAGAAGAAUUCCCUGGAGUCUUACGGUCCUAUCGAACGACCUCAAAAAUAUCCAUUGGAUUCUCGCAAUCUACACUGUCUUAUGGGACGGAGGCGGUCAUACCCACCGAGGUACAUCUCAAGACUACCAAAACUCAUGCUGUCAAAUCUGGGAAAAACGACAGCAUAUUGGCUCUGGAUAAAGAGUUGCUGGAAGAACAGAGAGAAGCAGCCUUGCAACAGUUGGUCCUAUACCAGCAGACAAUCAAGCUGAGAUAUGAUCGUAAAGUCAGAGAACGAUCAUUCAAGCCAGGGGAAUAUGUCUUGAAGAAGACUCGAGACGCCACAAUGGAACCAAAUUGUGGGAAGCUUGGAGGAAACUGGGAAGGUCCAUACAUAGUGGACAGGCCAACAUCUCGUGGCUCUUACUACCUAAGGAACCUCGACGGUACUCAAGAUGGUGAGCCAUGGAAGCCGUGGAAUUCGUUCCACUUGAAGAAGUUUUAUCAUUAA